AGCUUGACCCAUUCUUUAUUGGUUAGAGAGAAUCCAAAAGGAAUUCUCCACUCAAGAGACUCCAAACAUUGCAGAAAACAAUCAAAAAUGGAAGAAGAAACCUCAAACUCAGAAUCCCCAGAAAUCACUCUGAGAUCAAUACAGCUUUCAGACUUGGACGAUUUCAUGGAAUGGGCAGGAGAUGAAAGAGUGACCAAUUUCUGUUCGUGGGAUACUUACACCUCAAAAGACCAAGCCAUUGACUUCAUAAAGAACCAUGCAAUUCCACACCCAUGGUUAAGAGUGAUAUGCCUUGAGAAUAGAGUAGUUGGGGCAGUAUCUGUGACCCCCAGGUCAGGGCAUGACAGUUGCAGAGGUGAGCUUGGGUAUGUGCUGGCACACAAGUAUUGGGGCAAAGGGAUUGCAACAAGGGCAGUCAGGAUGGUUGCAUCUACCAUCUUCUCAGAGUGGGCCCACCUAGAGAGGCUUGAGGCUUUUGUAGAUGUGACAAACAAAGGCUCUCAGAGGGUGCUGGAGAAAUGUGGGUUUCUGAGGGAAGGGGUUUUGAGGAAGUACAUGAUCCUGAAGGGAAGAUCUAGAGACACAGUGGUUUACAGCCUCCUCUCCACUGAUUUAUGUUCUCUAGGCAAGUAGCCUCUCAAUCAAUCCUCGGAAAAGGGUCAAAUAAACUCUUAUACUUUUAUGAAAACAUCAUCCAAAUCCAUGUACUAAAUUAAACAUCAUCACAUAAGUGCAUUUACUAUCAAAAAGCAGUCAAAGAGGUCCUAUGACCGGAAACCAACCUCCUACUCCAGAUUAGAAACAUUUUUUAUUUUGCUUUAUUCUCUUGCUUCACAAUCCAGCCCUGCACACGUCGGUUUUUUAUCCUUUCAGUUUCUUCUUUUGUUUUUUUUUUCUCUUUCUUCUUUUUCAAUACUUCAAUUCAAUAGUCUCCCAUUUCGUGAUUUUCUCUUUGAUUUGUUCUUUCAUUUCAUCAUUUCAAUUUCUAACAAUUUAUGUUUUUGUUAUAAAAAAUAACAAUUUGUGUUUUUAGAUUUUUCUUCCUCUAUCCCCCUUAUUUUCUUUUCUACUUGUUGUCUUCCCCAAGAAAUGUUGCUGAAAUUUCUUUCUAAGGAUGUUUUUACUUGGAUUGUAAUUUGCUAAUCUUGUCUGGUCUGAUCUGGUAAUGUCCAGUCUCUUUGUGUUUUUAUAACUAUCCAAGUCACAUAUUUUUAUUGAGAAUAACAAUUCACAUAUUUUUUUAAUAUGUGAUUUGGUAAUCUUGUCUGGUGUGAUUUGCUAAUCUUGUCUGGUCUGAUUUGGUAAUUUUCUUUCUUUAAUAUGUAAUAACAAUUCACAUAUUUUUUAUUAAGAACGAGCAUAUUUAUGAGUUAGAGAUGAUAGUUUAUUGAAAUAAUUAUGAUCUUUUUAUUUGGACUGUAAUCUAUCUUAGACCAGAUCAAACUAGAUCAGACCAGACCAGAUCAAAAUUGACUUGGAUAGUUAUAAAAAUACAAAGAGACUGGACAUUAACAUAUCAGAUCAGACAAGAUCAGCAAAUUACAGUCCAAGUAAAAACAUCCUUAGAAAGAAAUUUCAGCAACAUUUCUUGGGGAAGACAAGUAGAAAAGAAAAUAAGGGGGAUAGAGAAAGAAAAAACUAAAAACACAAAUUGUUUUUUUAUAAACAAAAACAUAAAUUGUUAGAAAUUGGAAUGAUGAAAUGAAAGAACAAAUCAAAGAGAUUACGUGCAACGAGAAAAUCAGGAAAUGGGAGACUAUUGAAUUGAAGUAUUGAAAAAGAAGAAAGAGAAAAAAAAAGAAACUAAAAAGAUUGUGAAGCAAGAGAAUAAAGCAAAAUAAAAAAUAAAAAAUGUUUCUAACCAGGAGUAGGAGGUUGGUUUCCGGUCAUAGGACCUCUUUGACUGCUUUUUGAUAGUAAAUGCACCUAUGUGAUGUUUUAUUUAAUACAUAUGCUUCGAUGAUGUUUUCAUAGAAGUAGAGGUGCUUAUUUGACCCUUUUCCCAUCAAUCCUCUAUACAUUUGACUUAGUUAAUAAUGGAUUGAGCUAGGCUUAGGUGAAAAAAUCAUACUCCGGAUUCAUAUACUUUUUGAGUCUCAGAGGUAAUAAAAGAAUAGAAGUACCUAGUAAUACUUAAUAAAAAUUAGACAUAAAAACUUCGGAGUAUCUAUCUAUUAAUAUAUAAAAGCACACUUCUUGGGUGAAUAGUGUUCCCUCCUAGAAGUGUCAACAUCAAUUUUUAUUUUAAUUUUUAAUAAAAAAUAAUUGCAAAUCAAUUGUUGUGUGAAGAUUUCAGUUCAGUCAAUAAAUGAAUAGCUAUUGUUUAGCAAUUCACGGCUUGGUGUGCAGGGUCAAAUAUAUUGUGUUCCUAUUGAUAAAAAAAGAGGUGGGAACAGUUCACUUUAAAGGGAUUGGUGUGUUUCAAUUGGUUUAAAAUAGAGGUGAGAACUAUUCAUGGAGAGGAGAAUUGGCACUGAUUGGCUUCCUUAUUAAAUGAGGUGUAUUUCUAUUGGUUAGGAAGGAGGUGACACUAUUCACAUAAAAGAAAAUUGGUUUGCAUAGCUCAAAAAGGUGUAUUCCUAUUGGUUAAAGAGGAGGUGGCCACUGUUUACACAAAAAGUUAUUUUGUUCGCAUGGCUGUAAGUAAUUGGAUGAGUUGCUAUUUGCUAAAAAAACUUAAAUUCUAUUGGUUGAUAUGGUGGUGAGAAUAGUGAAGUUGUACGUUUAGGGAAGGCCAAAUCUCACUAUUUGUGAUACCUAAAUUCUAUUGGUUGAAAUGGGCGGUGGAAUAGUGAAGCUCAUUGAGUGUUUCUAACUCCUAACAAGUUGCACUGUAGACUCACUUCACGCUUGCAUACCCACGCUGUUCACACCUAUAAAAGGUGGAAUAAUGCUCUGCAAUCUAACAUUCAUUCGCAUCUGCAAGCAAAAAUAAGAAAGUGAAUCAAAACUCUAAUGUGAGAUUGAAAAGAGCAAAACAACCUGGGCAAUGAAAGAUAGGACCCUGAGGGAGACAGGACUCUAAGGGUGUAUAGGGAGCCUGCUCACAAUGCUUUCCCAGAAUCUCUAAAAAUCAUAUUCCAAGAUGAGGUUCAGAGUUUGUAAUGUUAUUUUUUAAUUAUAUAUUCACAUUUAAUUGUAUGUCACAAGAAGGAUUUAUUAGGUAGAAGGUAGCAAUGCAUAUAAUGUAUAGGGAUGCAUAUGAUAUACUUCGUAUAUGGAUUUCACAUCACUUUUCCAGUGGAUAACCCAAAUAAAAAAUGAUACAAGUGUGUCAGUCUUGAUAAUGAUUGAACUCUUUAUUUUGAUUCUUGCAAAAGACAUAUAAUCAUAUUUUCUCCCACGCAGCCUUUGGGUUAUGAUUUUAUUGAUAGAUGGAUAGCCAUGUACAUUUAAACACACCUUUCAAAACUGAUCCCUGUGUAUGGUUUUUGGGUAAGCAGUCUUUAUUGUGUAUUUGUGCAUUUAUGCAAGUGUAACAAUUCCAAAACGUUACGUGUAAAACAAUCCGUAUGAAUUACGGUCAACAUGUUAAACAUUUGUUAUUAAUGAGUAUAUGUUUCUACCAUUUCUCUUGACUCUCUGCGUACAAACAAUGAUCACGAUGCAUAGCAGAUUAGCAGGUGCAUAGGCGCAUAGCAGUUCAAUCAACAAGCUUUCCUAAUUAAUAAUUCAUAUUAUUGAAUCGGCUGAAAAUUAAAUUUCAAACUCAAAUGCAAUCAAGUGGUCAAAGAUAAUGUUUACCUAAUGCUUCACAUGUAGUGUUCUUUUAUUUCUCCUCAUAAGCACUUUUUGGACGGCUUCUUCCGAAGGCGCAAUACUUCACUACUACACACAUACGGGGACUUCCCCAGAGCCAUAGCUUUUCCCUUAAAAGCAGUCAACCUUCUCCACUCAGAAAUCCUAGCAAUCGAAACCUCAAUCAAGUUUAUGGAAGAUCAGGGUUACAACGAAUUCCAAGUAAAAACUGAUUCGGACAAAACAGUAAAAUUCACACAGAGAACGGAAGAGAAUACCUCACCUCGGCAAUAGCAAGCAUCAAAACGCUAGGAGUCUCCAAUAACCUGAGCUUUGUCUUCUGUCACCGCGAGGCCAAUCAGGUCUCCAGCUGAGCCGAAUCAAUAUGCAUCUCCAACCUCCCUUCGACGGCCAAAAAAACAUGUUUACAGGGCCUCCAUGCAUCGCUUCUGCUUCUUAAGAGACGCGUGAUAGCAUCCGCAAACAAACAGCGACAUUAUAGCGACAAAAACUCUAGACUAACACUCAAUCGGCGGGACUCUCAC